AUGGCAUCCAAUCUACUCCUCUUCUCCCGCACCUCCGCCAUCCUCGGCGUUGGCCUCGGUCUCUCCUUCUCCCUCAGCCCCUUGUCUCCCUUUCGUUCCGCCCCAAUGCAAUGUCAGUAUGCAGCUCCCUACCCCCGUUCCGAAGCGCUGGACCCCAACUGGGCCAUCCACCCCAGGGAUCCGCUUCUGCACAAACAAGGCACCACCACGGGCACCCGGACGACUACGGAAUCGGGGGUCUUCACGGCGUCCAACAUGCGCCAGGUCAGUCUGGGAAGUGUACUAGGUCUAGUCGCGGGUGUCGGACUGCGGGUGUUCUCAAAGGCCCUGGUGGUGCUAUUGGGUAUGAGCAUUGUUGUGGUUGAGGAGAAGUGGGCUGCCGCAAAGGGAUUCAACGUCCUUCCCUUGGAGAAACUGCAACGGUACGUGAAAGGUGUGGAUCUGCAGGGUAUGGUGUCUCGGCAAAUUCCAUUUAAGUUGAGCUUUGGAGCGACGAUGGCGCUGGCUGCUUUUGCACAGUUCUGA